AUGGACGAGAAGAUUACCUUCGGACCCAGGGAUGCGGUUCCCUUGGCUUCCGGGAACCAUGAAGCUAUUGUGAUAGACAUUGUCACCAAUAACUACCGGGUGAAAAAGGUGUAUGUCGACCAGGGUAGCGCGGUUGACAUCAUGUUCUAUCGCGUGUUCAAGGAGUUCGGGUUAAGGGAUGACCAGCUGACCCCGGUCCGGACGCCUUUGGUGGGUUUCACCGGACCACCCAUCAGCUCGGAAGGGAUGAUCACCCUGAUGGUCACAGUAGGUCAGGCUCCCAAGUGUCGGAUCGUUCCCGUUAAUUUCGUGGUGGUCAAGCAGUCGUCCCCGUACAAUGUGUUCUUGGGGAGACCUGCCUUGAACGCCCUCCGGGCUAUUCCCUCUACCUUUCACCUCAGCGUCAAGUUCCCCACCCCUGGGGGGAUAGCCGAGGUGCGCGGCGACCCAGAGGUAGCCAGGGCUUGCUACCUGGCCACUCUCCGGGGGCAGGAGAAGGUGGUCGCCCAGACAACCUGUUUGGAGCCCUACAUCCCAGGGGAUGAGGCCCAACAGCUGGGCACCCAGGAUGAGAUUGAGGAGUUCCCCUUGAGGAAGGAACGUCCCGACCAGGUCAUCCGCAUUGGGGCAUUGCUGCCAGCGAACGAGAAGGAAGGCUUGAAGGCCUUAUUGAGGGAGUACUCCCAGGUCUUCGCAUGGACGGUGGAUGACAUGCCCGGGAUCCCUACGGACCUGGCCGUCCAUCACCUCGACGUGGACCCUCACUUCAAGCCAGUAAACCAAAAGAAAAGGAGUUUCGCCCCCGAGAGAAAUGAAGUGAUCAGGGCGGAGGUCGGCAAGUUGUUGGAGUCCAAGAUCAUCCUGGAGGUCUACUACCCGACCUGGCUGGCCAACCCCGUCCUGGUCAAGAAGGAGGAUCUGACCUGGAGGAUGUGUGUAGACUUCACAGACCUUAACAAAGCCUGCCCAAAGGACUGCUUUCCCCUGCCUCGAAUUGACAGGUUAGUAGACUCUACUGUGGGUUUUGACGUUUUAUGCUUUCUGGAUGCCUUUAAGGGAUAUCACCAGAUAGAGAUGGCCGAGGAGGACCGGGACAAGACCUCCUUCAUCACCGAGGAGGGAACCUACUGCUACAGGACCAUGCCCUUCGGAUUGAAGAACGCGGGAGCAACUUACUAG